UUGGGGUCUAACAGCGCGUUGGGUAUUUUUAGCUUUGAGGUUCAGUUACUCUUGAGAGUAUAUUGUUCUGUGGGCGCUCAUGACUAUAUGGUCCAUCAUCAUGCUAUGCUUUACAUACUUUGUGGGUUCUUGCAAUCUCUUUCGUUACAUACCCGUGAAAAUCGCACUUUUGCUGCAUACGUUCAUUGUCUUGCCAUGCAUUUGAAGGAUUUCCAAAUGGUCGGUCUUAUAAGAGAGACGCACUUUUCCUCUGCACAGAUACUGUUCGAGUGGUAUAGAUACCUUUCCUCAUAUUGUCAUUUUCGGUCCUUUCUUGAAUUGGUACGUUUCUUCCAUGCACGUGCUCGAUUUUCUGUCCAUGGACGAUUAUGGAGCAUUGUUACAAGGAGAAUGUCUUUUAUCCAUACGCUCAUUGUGGGGUAGGUACCAUCGUCUAUUCAAGACAAGUGUUUCAAGGAGCAGUGACAUGGUCAGUAUGUAGGAUUAUGGCCGCUAGUUAACAAUACAUAUAAAAAGGGUGCAUAGAGGAAAUUCUCAGUAGGCG